AUGACGCAGUAUAAACAUAUUCUGAUGAGCACGGCAUUAUGGAUUUUCAUAGUGAUGGAGGUAUCGUGCGGAAUAAACCUGGGUUUGAUAUCUGGUGAUCGAAGAAGACUAACCAGUCCAUUUCUGAUUACAAAAACAUCACGUCACUCUCCUAUCAAAAUCAACAUCAAUUCUAAGUCACUGACACCAAUUCUCUCAAAAUCAUUGCUUUCAAAAAACUUGAAACCAAAGUUAAAUAUUCCCAAAAUUCCCUUCAUGCCCAUAUUCCCAAUACUCCCACCUGUGAUACCGAAAUUACCAAUUUUACCCCCUCUAUUACCAAUUAUACCUCCAUUACCCAUACUACCUCUUCCCAUUAUACCGCUUUUACCUAAAACCCUUAAAGCUCCGAAGUUAUUAAGAAAAACGGCACUUCAAAGGGAUUUGGAGAGAAAAAUUAAAACUGCAAUGAAACCACCUCCAAAAAUAAGUAAAAAUAUUGCAAAAUUUUUACUGAAUUUGAAGAAAAAAGGAUCUAUUACAACAGCUGAAUAUUUGAGGUUCAAAAAACUUUUAAUUUAA